ACCACCAUUACCACCAUCAUUACCACCAUCAUUACCAUCAUUACCACCAUCACCACCAUCACCACAGUCACACAGACCGGCUCCACCGUCCGGACCGACCCCGCAGACAACACCGACCUCCUCUCCGGUCGACAUGCUGCGGAGGACCGCGCUGAGCGUCCGGCUCACGGUGAUCCGGCGUGAAGAGCUCCAGAGACUGACGGAGGCUCUGCGUGCGGGACGCUGCGGGGACAAACACGCAUCCUCCUCCUCCUCCUCCUCCUCCUCCUCCUCCUCCUCCUCCUCCUCCUCCUCCUCCUCCACCUCCUCCUCCUCCUCCUCCAGGCUGAGGACCAUGGAUCCUGGGGGGCCGAGCUUCAUGACGACUCUGAACUGGUUAUUUGUGAAGGGAUACUUCCAGACUUCCCAGCAGCUCCAAAUCGAGCACAGCCGGAUCUACGGGCCUCUGUGGAAGUCAACGUACGGCCCGUUGGUGGUGGUGAACGUGGCCAGCGCCGCUCUCAUCGAGGAGGUUCUGAGGCAGGAGGGCCGGCUGCCGGUCCGCUCCCACAUGCCCCACUGGAGGAGCUACCGGGAGCUCCGGAACCAGGCCCACGGACCGCUGACCGAAAUGGGGGUUAAGUGGCAGCGGAUCCGCAGCAUCCUGAAUCCUCAGAUGCUGAAGCCCAAACACGUCUCUUCUUACGCCAACACCAUCAACGAGGUGGUGAGCGACUUCAUCCUCAGAGUCCGCUGGCUGAGGGAGACGGACGGAGGCGGAGUGAUGGUCAACGACGUGACGGCAGAACUCUACAAGUUCGCUUUUGAAGGGAUCUGCUCGGUGUUGUUCGAGACCCGGAUGGGCUGCAUGAAGGAGGUGGUGCCAGAAGAAACCCAGAAGUUCAUCUUCUCCGUGGGGGAGAUGUUCCGUCUCUCCCCCAUCAUCGUCCUCUUCCCAAAGUUCGUGUGGCCCUACAUUCCCUUCUGGAAGCAGUUUGUGUCGGCCUGGGACCUCCUCUUCAAAGUCGGUGAGCAGAACAUCAAAAGGGAUUUAAAGCUGGAGGAGGUCCAGCAGAAGGUUCACCUGGGCCAGAGCAUCUGUCUCCUGUGUCUCCUGUGUCUCCUGUGUCUCCUGACUCACCUGCUGCUCAGCGAGCAGAUGACGUGUGACCUGUGAUCCUGUGUCUCCUCUGUCUCCUCUGCAUCACUGGAGCUGCUGCUGUGUGUGAUCCUCUCGUCUCUGUCUCAGACCUCCAACACCAUCUCCUGGUCUCUGUACCAACUGGCGAAGCAGCCUGAGAUCCAGGAGCAGUUAUACCAGGAAGUGAUGAGCGUUUGUCCCGGAGACAAGGUGCCGACCAGCGAAGACAUCGCUCAGAUGCCGUACCUGAAGGCCAUCAUCAGAGAGACGCUGCGUCUGUACCCGGUGGUUCCAGGAAACGCCCGCGUGACCGUUGAAAACGAGAUCGUGGUCGGAGAUCAUCUCUUCCCCAAAGACACGCUCUUCCACCUGUGCCACUACGCCGCCUCCUACGACGAGAACAUUUUCCCCGACGCUCACUCCUUCCUGCCGCAGCGCUGGCUCCGAAGAGCCGGGGAGAAGUCCAGUCAGCACCCGUUUGGGUCGGUGCCGUUCGGGUUCGGGGUCCGGGCCUGUCUGGGCCGACGGGUGGCCGAGCUGGAGAUGUACCUGCUGCUGUCCAGGCUGAUGAAACAGUUCGAGGUGAGGCCCGACCCGGCUGGUACCGAGGUGAAGCCCAUCACCAGAACCCUGCUCUGCCCGGCUAAACCCAUCAAGCUGCAGUUUGUGGACAGAGCUGUGAGGCCCGUUUAGUAUUCACAGCGAGUCUCCGGCUGCUCACAGAGGUUUGUUCAUGAAGCCGGACUGUGGCUCCUAAACACUGGACGGAGACGUGGAGGCUGUUUAUGAAAAUCAUUAAUUAUGAAGACGAAUGUACAGAGUUCGUUUGUUGUUUCAUGUAAAUAUGAAACCUUGAACCUACAACAGCUGCUCUGGGGGUUUGUGUAGUUGUGGUUGUUAGGGACGAUGUCUCGCAGCAGAAACUAUCCAGACAGCAAACAUGGAGGAUCGUUCUUUGUUCAGUUUGAAUGUUUGUGUUUCCUUCAGUUCCCACGACACCCAAAUCUAUUCAUCCUGCACGACAACUGUUAUUCUACAUUCUUCUUAUUUUACCCUUCUUUUUUUAUUUUUAAACCACAAAACAGAACAUAUCAGGAGAGCAACAUUCACACAUAGUAACAUUUAUACAUGAAAACUAUUUCCAUGUACUGCUCUCCUUAACAAAGACACACACAAAUAACUGAAUGAAUAAAUAAAUAACUAAAUAUUGAAAAAAUGAAUGAAUAAAUAAAGGAAUAAAUAACAAAAUAUUAAAAAAUGAAUAAAUAAAUAAAUAAAUAAACAAAUAAAUAAAUAAAUAAAUAAGAAUUAAAAGAACAAAAAAAACACAUAUUCUUUAUUCUUCUUAUUGUCAAUUAAACCUUUACAAACCAAAAAUAUAUUUGCUGUUUCUUUCUUCAGUGCUGCAGAUUUAAACUUUAGUUACUCUGAUUAUUAUUCGCUCUAUUUAUGUGUUUUGAAUCAUUUUUAGCCAAUAACAGAGUUCUGUGGUUCAGAGGAAAAAGAUGAAUGAGGCUUUGAUACACAGACAGGAUCAGUUCUUAGUUGGUGAGUUUCUCUUCAUGGGAUUAGUUCUAAAUAAGAAAAAUAUAGAAUAAACACUGCGUUGGUUGUUUUUCCAUUUUAAUUGCAUAACAACUUGAAAUUAAAAUGUUUUUAUUUGGAUUUUAUGUAAUGAACCUACACAAAAAAAGGAAAAAUCGGAGAAGAGAAAUGAAAAACAAACUUGCUUAAAGAAAAUCUUUAAAAACCUGUAAAGUGUCCAAAAGAUUUUACUUUUUUUUUAAAGCCCAUAAUUAAGACCUGCUACCAAUUUCCUUCAGAAGUCACAUAAUUAGUUUAGUAAAGUCAAUCUGUGUGGAAUCAAAGAGUCACAUGAUCUGUCACAUGAUCUAAUGGGGAACCAUUAAAUCCAUUAUAAGAAAAAGAACAUGGAACCACAACAAACCUGCUCAGUGAGGACGGAAAGUCACCUUAACCAGAAAGACAACAAAGAGACCAAAGAUAAACCAUGAAGGAGCAUUCCUCCUAAUCUGAGAAGGUUCAUUAUGUAAAGAAAUAAUAAAUAUUAUUUUGAUUCCAAGUUGUAAUGCAAAAAAUUAGGGAAAACAGGGGGUGAGUACUUUUAAAAGGCUUUGUAUCUAGCCUUAAACUUUAUUAAAAAUAUCACUUAUCAAGCUGCUUCUAAUUCUUCGUUUGGGUAAAAUGUAAAAAUGUAAAUUUAGUCAAAGAGUUUGCAUCACUAAUUUAAAGCAAUACACCACAGUCAAAAAGAUUCUGGUCUUUUCUUCUUUCAGACUAGUGGAAAGAAAACAUUUAUUUAACAUUUAAAUUCACCAAAGGUUACCAUUAGAUAAUGCCUCAUUUGCAUAUUUAAACAUAACAUUUCAAAAACUUGUAAUACAAAACUAAUUGUCUUAAUGUCAGUAAUGAACUGGAGAAGUUUAAUGGUGAUAUCUACUAGUACAUUUCUUUUUACUCUAUUCACAUGUCGUGUUUUUGAAAUGUAUGUGAUUUUAAAGCUGUAUUCUUUUAAUCUUUCUGACUGGAAACAUUAUAAACUGGUCCAGAACUUCAUUGAUACCAUCUGCUGGAAUCAGUGACACUGGUGACAGGAGGUGCCUGCGCAGAGCUAACGGGAUAUUUACAGACAGAACCCACCCAGACACGAGUUGAUGAGGUCUGUAAAGAGAAACAGAAGAAUCCUCUGACUUCAGAUCAGCUUCUUUCCUCCACAUAUAAAAUAGUUUUGUGUUACUUUCUGUGUGUUUAUUUCUUAUGUAGCAAAAUGAGACUAUACAAAACAGCAUUUAGUUGCACAUAACUGUUGUACAAUAACAAUAAAAUAACGUGUAACUUUGUGAUAAAUAUCUUUAAAGGCCGAAACUUUACAGUUUCAUCCAUAUCUAUAUUCUGAAGGUUUCUACAGAGGGGUUUGUUCAGAUAUCAUUCAUAGCCUGAUUUAUACAACAUGUUAUUACUAAAAACAUGGAGAAAUCCAUAUUUAAACAUAGACUUUCAGAAAACGUAAUAAUAAUUGUGUUUAUGUCAGAAAUCAACUUUACAAUAGAAGUUUCAUAGUGAUACCCAUUAGAUGAUUUAAUCACCUGCAGUGUUUUUUAUUUUCCUUUCAUGUCAUUUGAAAUUAAUAUUUUUACUGUACGUAUUAAAAACCUUCAGACUCUGCUGCUGAUAGAAAUACAAGUUGGAUUUUAACUUUCAGAUUAAAGUUAAUGAUUUAGAGACAUAUUUUAGUUAAUGUUUCUUGUUCAGUUUUUUAUUUGUUCAGAUCAAUGAUUCAUAAAAUAAAAAACCAACAACAUGAAGCUUUGCUCUUUGAAGCUCCUUUCAACAGGAACAUUUAAAUCCUGGGUUUGGAUCUUAGCUGCAUGUCCAUUUAUCUUUCUCCUGAUUUUGACUAAUAAAGACAGAAAUGUUAACAUGUGUGUCACAGUUCUUCCUCCAUACUGUCAGUAGC